AUGGCUUAUGAACCCGGCAAGCUUUUUGGAGCAGAGUUAGACCAGAUAAUGGACGGGCUGUCGGACAAAAAGGGCAAGUCCCUUCCCCAGCAGUCCUUUCGUGCCCCACACACUUUUACCAAGGUGGUUGUGUCCGUGGUGGCCGCUCUAAGGCUUCAAGGUCUGUGCAUAGUUCCUUACCUGGAAGAUUGGCUCCUCAGAGCCCCUUCCCAAGCGAUCCUGUCCAAACACAUUCAACAGGCUGUCGCCUUCCUUCAUCAGCUAGGAUGGAUAAUCAACUGGGACAAGUCCCAACUUCUGCCAGCCACCUCGGAGAACAAUAACACAGCAGUCACAGAGUUUUUAUUCUUAGGAUUUCAAGUGAGUCAAGGUUUAAGAAAUUUACUGUUCAUUCUAUUCCUGGUGGUUUACUGUGGUACAAUAUGUGGGAACUUCCUGAUCAUCACCCUGGUGUCCACCAGCAAGAACCUCCACACUUCAAUGUACUUCUUCAUAUCACAACUUUCCAUCAGUGACAUCAUGUUGUCCACAGACAUUGUCCCCAACAUGUUCCACAUCCUGCUGAAUAAUGGGGGGAUCAUUACGUUUAUUGGUUGUAUGACUCAGUUUUAUUUUUUUUGUGUCUCUGAAGCAUUUGAAUGUCUUCUUCUCGCUGUGAUGUCUUAUGACAGAUAUGUGGCCAUCUGUAAUCCUCUUCAUUACUCCUCUAUCAUGACAAGUGAAUAUUGUGCAAAAUUGACCAUCAUCUGCUGGGUAUUUGGGUUUUCUAUUAUGCUAAUUUACACCAUAACAACGGCCAGUCUAAACUAUUGUGGACCAAAUGUCAUUGACCAUGUAUUCUGUGACCUUGUUCCUUUACUGGAACUUGCCUGUUCUAACACCUUUAUUAUUGAUUUAGAAGUUUAUUUGCUAAGCUUUCCAAUUGUCUUCAUCCCAACCACAAUCAUUGUAUUGUCUUAUACUUACAUUGUUUUAGCUGUCUUAAGGAUCUCAUCCAGUACUGGUAGACAGAAAGCCUUCUCCACCUGUAGCUCCCACCUCAUUGUGGUCUCCAUAUACUAUUGGACUAUAUUCAGUGUUUAUGUUGUCCCUACUAAAGGACAAACAAUCACCAUGAGUAAAAUCCUUUCCCUGCUCUAUACUGUCUUUACUCCUUUGGUCAACCCCAUUAUAUACAGUCUGAGAAACAAAGACAUUUUACAAGCCAUAAAGGAAAAACGUCAUAAAUAA